AUGUUAGUAUCCGCAAAUUUGAACAAUGCCAUUCCAGGCAGUGGCAGGCAGUAUUUAAAUACGAAAAAAGAGGUGAUUAAUGAUCCUAGUAGUGCAUUAUUAAGUUUGAUUGCUGUUGCAAUUGGAAUAUUUCUCAUCCUCUUAAGUAUGUCACUUGGCUUAGGUUUAGGUAUAGGAUUGACACCUUAUGGAAAGAAGAAUGCUACAUUGAUACCUGUUACAAUAACAACCACACCUAUUCAAACCAAAGUUAUUGUUCGUUUAGUACCAAAACUACUUCAAAAUAUUAAUUGUAAUCUGUAUUCUCCAUGUGGAUGCCAAACAACAGGAGUUGAUCCUGUAUUUCGAAAUAUGACCUUUACUACAACAGGAGGACGACGACGACGACAUAAGCGUGUGGUUGGUGGCACAAAAGUAACAGAUUCACGUUUAUGGCCAUGGUUGGUCAGAAUUGGUACAAAAACGGUAUUUUAUUGUCAUGGUAUGUUAGUGAAUUCAACUUCAAGAGUUUAUGCAACGGUCAGUUGUCUUCGUCAUCAUAGUUUAACUGUACCAGAAUUGUAUGUUGAUUAUCAAUUAACGUCAGCACUUUAUUAUACAGGACGUUUAAAAGUUCUACGAGUCAUCCAACAUCCAGAUUAUAUUAGUUAUGGUAAUGGUCUCCACAUCAACGAUUUAGCGCUCUUAGUUUUAAAUGCGAGUGUACCAAAUUCAACACCAAUCUGUCUACCGUCAAUAGAAUCUAUUUUUUAUCCACCAGAUAAUACAGUUGCAGUACUCAUUGGAUAUGGUGGGUCAUCACAGUUAAAUCAAGUUAUUUUACGUACACUCGAACCCGAUACAAAUCCACUCUGUAGUCAAUUCGUUAGUUCCAGUUAUAGUGGUGAAUUAUUUUGUGCUGGAUUUACUGCUGGUUUACAAGAUGCUUGUUUUGAUGAUCUAAGUGCACCACUACUUCAAUAUGAUAUUGUGAAUCGUCGAUGGAUUUUAAUUGGGUUAGUUUCAAACGUUACCGGGUGCGGUAUGGCAAAUAUGCCGUCCGUUUACACACGUGUUGCAGCGUAUGUCGAUUGGAAUCCAUUAUUACGUAAGUGA